UCAAAUAUAUCUCUGAUGUAGUCCACCUCCCUCCCUGAUGUAGUCCACCUCCCUCCCUGAUGUAGUCCACCUCCCUCUCUGAUGUAGGCCACCUCCCUCCCUGAUGUAGCCCAGCUCCCUCCCUGAUGUAGUCCAGCUCCCUCUCUGAUGUAGUCCACCUCCCUCCCUGAUGUUGUCAGGGUGUCCGCGGGGUCUUAAAAAGUCUAAAAAAGUCUAAAAUUACACAUUUUCAAUUUAAGGCCUAAAAAAGUCUAAAAUAUAGAGAUAUUUCGCAGUGUAAGUCUAAAAUUGCGUUUGAGUAAUUUAAGACCUACGUUUCAAUGCAAAAUAUCGAUAAAGGAUUAUUUUUUUUGUUUGUUUUGUUUUUACGUCCUUUUCCACGCCGUUCUGUUUUUUUCUUUUUCUGUUAUGGUGGCAGUUAUGGUCCGUGUAGUUCUACAUGACAUGUGCUGUUAGUGGAACGUACAAUAAUAAAACUACAGAUGUGAAACGGAAAUGUACUGUCGUCACAGGAUGCAGCAGCAAGUAUUUUGAUUCUCUGUGUGCGAGCAAGGCGGGAAUAGUUACGAAGUAGGAUAACGUCCGAAUGGCAGGAGAAAGUUAAAAAAAAGGAUGGGUAAAUGUAAAUUCAACGACAAUUGGCUCUCAAUAGGGCAAUUUGCAGACUGGCUGAAACGCGUUCCCGCUGAUGACAGUGAGGCAUACUGCACGUUUUGCAAAAGAACUCUUAAACUCGGGACCCUGGGCAUCAAGGCACUGGAGUUUCACACAAAAUCCAGCAAACACCAGGAGUCGGCAAAUGCAGCACGCAAUUCCCAUGGAAUUGCCCAGUUCUGUUCAGUAGCAAGCAGCACAUCGUCAAUAAAUAAUACGGGUAAUAUUCGUGAUCUAUUGGGCUCCACUGAUACAAUGAAGGCAGAAGUUCUGUGGGCGCUUAACACAGUGGCUAAACACCAGUCAUGCAGAUCCAAUGACGGCAUCGGAGAGCUUUUCCAAGCGAUGUUCCCCGACUCCACAGUUGCCAAAACAUUCCAAUGCGGGAGAGACAAGACGUCGUACAUACUCCGAUUUGGAGUGGCAGAGUUCGUCAAAAAAGAGCUUAUCUCAAAGGUGACCGGGCCCUUCGUCAUUAUGUUUGACGAAAGUCUUAACCACGCAACAAAGAGGAAGCAACUGGACCUUCACGUAAGGUACUGGGAUGACGGCCAGGUACAGUCCCGGUACGUGGGCUCACAAUUUAUGGGCCAUGCCACAGCAAACGACUUGCUGAAGGAGAUCAAAGAAUGUGCGGGCCACCUGGACCUCAGCAAGCUGAUUUCGAUCUCAAUGGAUGGUCCAAAUGUGGACAAGAUCCUCAGGGCCUUGCACACAUUGUUGCAUAAUGUUCCCGCAAGACGAGAGGACUACGAGAAGACCACCAGGUCUACCCGCUUCCCGUUGACAUGGUGUGGGCACCGAUGGCUGGAAAACCUGCCUGUCGUGAUACGAGCGUUGGAUAUCUGGUCAUCUAUGCUGGUGUACACCAAUGCUGUGAGGAGAAAGGAGCUUCCAAAUCCUGGCACUGGAAGCUUUGCUGUAAUCGAAGAAGCCCAGAAAGAUCCCCUGACUCUACCUAAGCUGCAGUUUUUCAGGAGCAUCGCCCAGCUAUUUGAUCCGUUUUUAAGGAAGUACCAGACUGAGGAGCCGGUGAUGCCUUACCUAGGCAAAGAUCUGGCAGAGUUGAUCAAGAGUCUGAUGCGUCGUUUCGUGAAACGAGAGGUUCUGCAGGACAUCACCACAGCCCAGCUUACCAAACUGGACAUAGGUGACAAGAAUAUCUUGAUGCCGGUGCACUGUGUUGAUAUUGGCUUGGGUGCUGAGGAGGCCCUCAAGAACAGCAAAAGUUCAGACCUCAGGAUUCUUGAAUUUAAAAGGGACUGCAUGCAAGGACUCUCAAGCAUGGUGAAGAAAGUACAGGAGAAGAGUCCUCUUAAGUACAGUACCGUUAGGCAGAUGGAUUGUCUAGACCCCACAGUGAUGAGCAGUGAUCCAGACGGCUGCAAGGCAAAGAUGAAGGGACUUGUGCAGACAUUUCUGCUCAACAGGCAGCUGGCAGGAGGAGUUUGUGCUGGGGACACCAUUCUCCAACAGUUCGAUGCUGCGUUGUCUGUGGAGUGCAGGCAUGAAGAUUUCAUCUCCUUCAAGCCAAUGCAAAAGAGGCUAGAUGUCUUCCUUCAUGGCUUCAUCGGCAAGGCAUACCCAGAUCUUUGGGCGUUUUGCAAGACCCUUUUACUGCUUUCUCAUGGUCAGGCGUCUGUAGAGAGAGGCUUCUCAGUGAACAAAGAGAUCGAGACGGAGAAUAUGCAAGAAGAAACAUUGGUCGCACACAGGCUUGUUUACGACUACGUUGCAAUACAUGGGGGCGUUACCAAGGUUCCACUUACACUUGACCUAAUGAAAUCUGUCAUGGCUGCCAGGUCACGGUACCGUGUGCAUUUGGACGAACAGAGGAAGAAGAAGGAGACAGAGACACAAGGGAAGAAAAGGGCACACGCGGAGGAGCAGUUACAAGACCUGAAAGUCAAGAGGGACAGUCUACAUAAAGUUACUGAGAGCCUGGGCAAAGAGGCAGAUGAGUUGGCAGAGCAAGCAGAGGGCAAGGCUGGGAGCAAAAUGGCACAUCUGAUUUCAAAAUCAAAUGCUCUGAGGAGGGCUGCCAAAGACAAGCUCUCCCAGCUUAAGGUUCUGGGGGAUGAAAUUGCCACCAAAAGUGCAGAGCUUAAAAGCAUGUAAAUAAUAUGUUUGUUUCAUUGACAAUAAAUGUAAAUUGACGGCAAUCUGGCUUUGUUAUUUCUUUUUUUUUAAUACUUCGUGAAGGUCUUAAAUUUAACCCAUGAUGGUCUAAAAAAGGUCUAAAAAAGUCUAAAAUUGCACUUGUUAAAACCUGCAGACACCCUGUGUAGUCCAGUUC